AUUUACAUAUCCGAUUCGAUCCGUUUGCAGCCCUACUAGGUUGUGAUUAUUACAGGGGUGAGAGGCCUACAGCUCUUCAGCGACGAAUCUAGUAGCCGAGUGAAAAGAAAAUUGCGCGCCUUUCUGGUUUGACUAGCACUUGCAGCAAUGGAGCUCGCAGACGAAGGUGUCGAAAAAGUAGUUGAUUCUAAGGAUUUGCAACAACAGAGCAAGGCCCUCGACAAGCUUACCGAUCGUGUCGAAGAUCGUCAACUCGAUUCAACCAGAGUCCAAGAGGCUAUGGCAUCGAUUGCCGCAUCUGCUGAAGCUGAUUUGAAUGCCAUGAGAAUGAGGGAGAAAGAAUUGGCUGCUGUUAAGAUCAACGCUGCAGAUGUUGACAUCAUUGCAAGUGAACUAGAGUUGGACAAAAAAGUGGCUGAGAGAACACUCCGAGAGCACAAAGGGGAUGCAGUUGCUGCCAUCCGCUACUUACUACGCUAGGAAGAUUGUGAACCAUAACAUACAAUGAUGGAUCCAAUGUUACAGAAGCUCUGUAAUGAAACCUUCUCAAUGCAAGCAGAAACGACUUCUUUAUUGGGAAAUACAUUUACAGUCUCAUUUAUAGAUUUAUCAGCACCAUGAAAUCCGUUUAGUAUUCAGAAUGUCCUAACAUAUUUAGUAUCUUAUAGUUUACCCAUUUGAUACUACUUUCUGAUAUUGUUUAUUACCAUAUCAAGGGAGACACGAUUGGCCCAAGAGCCAAAAAUUGAUGGACCAUCACUUGAAUUGGAUGUUAGGUUGAUUACUUUGGCCA